AUGAGGCUGUGUAACCGGGGUAUGAUGAUGCUGCUGACCACGGCGGGGGCUUUCUGCGCCUUCAGCCUCAUGACCAUCGCCGUGGGCACGGACUACUGGCUGUACUCCCGCGGGAUGUGCCGCUCCAAGAACCUCAACGACAACGAGACGGUGCGCAAGAACGAGGAGGUGCUGACCCACUCCGGCCUGUGGAGGACCUGCUGCACUGAGGGGUCAUUUCGGGGCGUUUGCAAAGAUAUUGAUCACUUUGCUGAAGAUGCAGAUUAUGAGCAGGAUGCUGCAGAGUAUUUACUACGAGCAGUACGAGCCUCCAGCCUCUUCCCCAUCAUGAGUGUGGGAUUAUUGUUUCUCGGAGGUGUGUGUGUAGCUGCCAGCGAGUUCUACAAGUCACGCUACAACGUCAUCCUCAGCGCGGGUAUACUUUUUGUCUCUGCAGGUCUCAGUAAUAUUAUUGGCAUCAUCGUGUACAUAUCAGCCAACUCAGGUGACCCCAGCCAGAGCGACAACAAGAAGAGCUACUCCUAUGGCUGGUCUUUUUAUUUUGGAGCUCUGUCCUUCGUGCUGGCUGAGAUGGUGGGCGUCCUUGCAGUGCACGUGUUCAUAGAAAGACACCGACAACUACGCACUAAUGGCCGGCCGGCCCUCAGUAAGCCGCCCAUAUCUCGCAGCUCAUCUUACUUCCGCAACCGUUACUACCAGAACCGCUCCCGCCGAUACAGUUACAGGAGCAACCACAGCGGAGGGGACUCCAUCUCACACUCUUUUCGAGCGUCCUUGGUGCGAGACCGAGAGCCGUCCCUCUCAGCUGAAUCCAAAGCCAUGGCAGGUUUGCCCACAGCAGUGACAUUGGGCUCAGAGUUGUUGCUCUACACCUUAACCUCGCCUCUCAAGGACGAUAAGAUUGACAUGGCUUUGGAUGAUUUAAAUCCUCCAGCUGCUCACAACAACACAGAGAUGCUGCCGGAAAACUGUGCUUCCAACAGAAGGACCACGCCUGUCUGAGAGGAGAGGAAGAGGAGGAUGUACAGAGAUUAAACACAGGAGGAACUUCUGUGAGAGGAGAACAUUAAAGGAAAGGAAGUCUUCUCAUUUUCUUGGGAAAGAAAAAGGAAAUACUUUGGAGACCGGAAUAGACCUGCAUUGACUAAUCUGUCAGAAAAUAGUGAGAGAAAGAAAUAAAUCACAGUUUCCUAGAGCCCAGCGUGACGUUGUUUUGCCAGACUAACAGCCCAAAACCCAAAGAUAUUCACUUUACAACGAUACAAAACAAAGAAAUGAAGUAUUACCUCAUGUUUGACAAGCUGGAAUCAGACAAUGUUUGGCUUUUUUGCUUGAAACAUGUAUACUUUUGUGCUCAUUGUAUGUCAUCCUGCUAUGCUAUUACAGUAGCUAUAUCUAAUGUGUAUUUGUAGUGUGUGUGCUAAUGAAUGUGUAUAAUCAUAGACAUGUAUGUAUGAGACAGUCAGUCAGAGAGAGACAGAAAGGAGGAGCUGUUCAUGCAAAUAAAGUCCUGUCACAUAGAAAUACAGGACACACAUACACAUACAUCUGUGAAUAACAUAACUUACUAUAUCCUGUUCCUGUGCUGCUUUUUGUGGACCUAAACUCAAAAUCGAAACCCUAUUGAAUACAUUAGAUCUCUCUCUA